GUUGUGUGGUGAAACUUUGCAAGGUUUCUACGCCGACUGUGUCUGUGUUGCAUCAGCUGUGAAUAAAACACAAACACGCGUCGUCGUGAUUGGAGUGGAGCAUUUACCGCGUAAUGUCCAGCAUGGAUUGUAAAAUUCUUGAAUUGAGACCAGAUAGAAAGUUGCUAAAGAGCAACUUUGAUGGGUAUAAGUUAUCUUUGGAACCCGUGGCAAUAAUUAAGGAAGCCCUCCAGAUGAUGCCUGAUCGAGUGCAUCCAAGCGAAGCUCAAUACAGUUUCCUGCACGCUCAAUUAUUCAGCCUCCAGAAUCAUUUGAUUCAUGAUCCCUGGACCAACGACACUUGCUACUACAUUGACACCAAUUGGACAGUGAAGAGAAUCCAGUAUAAUCUCCAAGAGGGGCGCUUCAAGCCAAUUGCAAGUGUUUUUCAUGUUAAGAGGACCUCAGAACGCCUUCCUGGCCACUUCAACUUGACGAUGGUGUUUAUAUCUGAGAAAUUUGCUGCAAUUGCCGAUGGUACAGCAUGGAUUGAGAUUGUAGAUACUGGAGACAGAACAAAGGGUCAGGAGUGGAAGCAAGUGCUACAGAUGAGGGUAUUGCCGGAUGAAAAGAGUGGUUUUGUUCUGAAAGAUGCUCGACUUGAAAUUCAACAGGAAAGUCGAUAUAUCCAUUGUCUCCUGAUGAGAGUGGAGCAAGCAGAGGGGGCAUUUGAGAGUGUCCUAGAAUGGAUUGCAAUUGAUUUAACUGGGAAAGCUGUGAAGCUACGCCGGGAGAUGCGUUCAAAGUCAUCAAUAUCUUAUUCAGCUUUCACGUCCAACUCUUCAGGAGUGAUUGUGGCUGCAGGAAAGACGGUAAAAUUUACAUACGACUCUGAAAAUCCAAUUAUCAAAGAAGACAAUCAGGAAAAUGGCCAAAAAACUGAUUAUACUUGGAAGCAAACUGAAGAGGAUGUUGUUAUCACGUUUCACGAGAGGGAAGGAGCUGAAAAGGCAAAUUUCCACGUAAAAUGCACAGCCCAAAAUAUUUGUGUGAAGUACAAAGAUGAAAUUCUUAUAGAUGGUGAUAUUUUUGGGCGAAUUGAUGUGGAUUUAACAACGUGGAAUCUGCAAAAUAGAACCUUCCAAGUGACCCUGGUGAAGGCAGUGGAGGGAGAAAAGUGGCUUCAUCUCAUUCCCGAGGGACCCCUUGAAGAUUUCCUGGGGAAAAUGGAUGAAAUGGUUGAAGAUUCAGCGGGAAAUCAAACGGGAAUCUCUUCCUUAGACACACAAAUGGAAGAUUGCGAUCGUGGAGAUGAAGAUGCUGAGUAUUUUGUGGCAAAAUUCGAUGGAGGAAGUCACAAAGUCACUCAUAAGGCCAAUCUUGGGAAUUGUUCACCGCUGUUCGAUGUCACCCUGAGGCCAGGACAUCCAGCAGCUCUAGCUCUUCGUCAGGAUGUCGACUGUUGCCUCUGGCUACCGUGUCAAAUGCCAAGUGAGUGGCUUCUGAGGCACGAAGGAACUCUGGAUGCAUUUGCUUAUGUUUUGGCAUCGAAGCAGCAACGAAAGUAUGUUUCUUGUUCUCCUGACAUGGCCUAUGCUGUGAUUUGUGAGCCAGAAAGGCAUGUCUUCAUUUACAAGUCCAAAUAUGAGACAGCUGCAGGACUAAGGAAGCGGUCAGGAGGACCCCAGGUGACGCUGGGUCAGCAAAAAGUCGUAUCGCUAGAAGAUGCUGGAGGACAAGUGAUUGGGAUGAAUGUAUUGAAUGAAGUGACUCUGCUGCUGACGGAAAAAUUUAUUCUCUGCCUGCAAAUUAAUACUGAACAAUAAAAAUAUUUGAUAGAAAA